GAACGCAAGAUAAUGAAAUAUGGAUCUUGGCCCACUAGAGGUUUCGCCGGAAAUCUCCGAAUCAAUAUCGAGGGUUAUUGAUUUGUUAAAAAUAGUGGGAGAUAAUUAAUUAAAGGCCUAAUUAAUUAUUAAACAUGAUAGAUAACCUAGUUUGCGAAAAUUUUCUGUAGAUGGCAAACAACAACAACCCUUUCAACCUGCGAUAUGUUCUAGAAAAGGAAAAAUUAUCUGGAACCAACUUUCUUGACUGGGAGAUGAACCUCCGAAUCGUUUUUAACUAUGAGAGGAAACUCUACAUCCUCGAAACGGAUCCUCCCAAGACCCCUAAUGCCAAUGCUCGUGCGUCCGAACUCACUUCCUUCAAGAAGUAUGAGGACGACGCGCGAGAUGUAAAGUGUAUCAUUAUGGCGAGUAUGACCGCGGAGUUCCAAAGGCUCCACGCGGACAUUGAAGUGCAUCCUAUGAUACAAUGCUUAAGAGACCUUUACCAGGAAACAUCAUUUCUGUAUCCUGGCUUGACAAAGCAGGAUUUUCGUUCGUUGUAAAAGACAAAACUCUUUCUGUCUUUAGAAAUGAUAUAUUUUAUGCAAGUGCAAAAAUGACCAACGGUCUCUAUGUCCUUGACAUGGAUACCGCAAUAUAUAAUGUAGAUGUUAAGAGAAACAAACCUAACAGUUUGAAUCUCACGUACCUUUGGCAUUGUUGUUUGGGCCACAUUAACGAGAAACGCAUAUCUAAGUUACAUCGUUCCGGUGUACUUGAUUCAUUUGACUUCCAGUCAUAUGAUGUAUGUAAAUCUUGUUUACUUGGUAAAAUGACAAAGGCUCCAUUCACCGGUCACGGUGAAAGGGCGAGUGACUUAUUGGGCCUCAUACACUCCGAUGUCUGUGGUCCAAUU